AAGCGUAACUAUACCCAGUCCUUCUCAAGUGAAACAGGUCUUGACACCAAGAUGGCGGAUUAGACGAAAAAUCUGAAAUGCCUUAUCGUUUUGUUUUACGUGAUUUUACCCGUAUUUCAGCCUACAGACGUCCUCUUUGGGUCGAAUUGAUAAGCAGAAAUUAUUCGACAAAUCUCGAAGUCAAAUCUACGGACGAAGGGUAUCACAUUCAGCGGUUAUUUCAGGGAAUCAUUCGAGGCGACCGUGGAAGUUUAGCGCAAGCCAUAACAUUGGUGGAAACUCUUCAUCCAAUAAAAUAUCACCAGGCACAGAAACUACUCUCCAGGGUUGUUAAACAUUCAAAACAUGCACCUCCAUUCUCAAAUGGCCAGCCGUGCUCCUUCAGGAUUGGUUUAUCAGGCCCCCCAGGAGGUGGAAAAUCUACAUUUAUUGAGACUUUUGGGAAUUUUCUAACCAACGGAAAGCAUCGGGUUGCUGUUUUGGCAGUGGAUCCUUCAUCCUCUACUACAGGUGGAUCCUUACUGGGCGACAAGACACGAAUGACAGAGUUGUCACGAAAUCUCAAUGCGUACAUCAGGCCGUCCCCCUCAUGUGGAACGCUGGGUGGUGUAAACCGGAGCACAAAUGAAGCCAUUCUUCUUUGUGAAGCUGCUGGUUAUGACACUAUCUUGGUAGAAACAGUGGGAGUCGGACAAUCAGAAAUUGCUGUUGCCUCCAUGGUAGACAUGUUUGUUCUUCUUAUUCCACCAGCUGGUGGUGAUGAACUCCAAGGAAUCAAAAAAGGCAUCGUGGAGAUGGCAGAUCUUGUGUUGGUCAAUAAAUGUGAUGGAGAACUUGUUAUUCCAGCUCAGAGAAUACAAACAGAGUACAUCAGUGCUCUGAAAUUGUUAAAGAAAAAGUCAGCUCAGUGGAAUCCGCCGGUUCUCCGUGUUUCAUCCAGAACUGGUGAUGGUAUCGAGAAAGCUUGGGAAACUAUGCAGCAGUAUUACAAUAUUAUGGUUGAAAAUGGUGAACUUGAACAAAGACGUUGUAAACAGCAUGUUGUCUGGAUGUGGAAUCAUAUCAGAGAACAAAUCAUGGGAAGAUUUAAAUCAAAUCCUGAAGUUCAAAGAGAAAUUUGUAACUAUGAAAAAUUAGUAGCAGAUGGGGAAGUCACACCGGGAAUGGCAGCUGAUGAGCUUCUUAAAAUAUUCUCACAUUCAUCUAGUACAUGAGUUCCAUCUUCUUAGAGGUUGCCCUUUGUCUGCUCUUUCAGGAGAAUCUUUCAUUAACCCUUUAACUCCCAUGAGUGACCAAGCUAGAAUUUCUCCUCACAAUAUGAAUACAAUAUCAAGAAGAUGAGUGAUGAGAAUACAGUAAAUUAUCAACUAGGGGAUUAUUAGCUUAUCCAAUAUCAAAUUCUGCAAACUAACACCUUAAGAAUUAUAUGGUUGACAGUAAGGAGAAUUACUAAUGAGAUCUUUGGAGUAAAAGGACUACUAAGACAUUUCUAGCACAAGAAACGCAACAAAGAUUUCUUAUGGAGCAUAAAGGCUAUUUAUAUUUCAGGCUCUCAAAAUAU